AUGGAUACCUCCUUCGCCGGGCCGCGGCUGCUGCGCAAGCUGAAGUCAUUGGCUCCCCUCCUGGAGAUGUGCAUGACUCGAUCGAGAGAUCGCGCGCUAGAUGUUUCCUUCGUAGUCGACAGCCAACCUCCGCCCGACUUGGAUGAUGAAUGUCUCCGACCGUGGAGAGCGUGCAUGCUUCGAUGCCGGGUUCUGAGCCUCGACGUCACGGAUAGAAUGCUUGAGAAGCUUCUUGAUUGUGAUGCGGAGCUCCCAUUUCUCGAGCGGCUGUCGUACGGAUCCAAGUCACGAGAAGGAGAGGCGGUCAUGCCGUUUCCCGGGCUGCGCAUGCCCCAGCUCAAGAGCGUCACGUUUGGAAACGUUGUUUCAACUCACACGUCGUUCCUCGAAACUGUAUCGCGGCAAUUGACAGACAUAGCCAUUCACUACCACACUCUCAGCCCUGACUGCCUUGCUCAGCUGCAAGACUCCCCUAACCUGAAGGCUCUGACGCUCACUUCCCUGCUCAUGGCUGACGGGGACUACGAGGAUGUAUACUUCCCUACUCUUGAGAAACUUUCAUGCUCAUUCCACGCCGGGGAUUAUCGGGAUGUUCUGGCCUGCAUGGAGGUGCCCAACUUGCGCACUCUCCGCCUUGAAGCCUGGGGCGAGCACCCGCUUGUACCCCUUGUAACUCUAGUAGUGCAGGCCUACAACCUUCAAUUGGAGCGUCUGUAUCUAGAAGGUUGCGAAUUGCUGGACGAUAUCCCCCAGUUCCGCGAACUUCUCAAGAGCCUGCCUUCCCUCGUGCACUUGGCCGUGCAUACUGAUUACCACUCCAAGUUAUCCAUGGACUUUGCCUUCAACUGCCUCGUUUAUCGCAAAGCCGAAAAUGGCACGGCUCUUGUCCCGCAGCUGCGCACACUAGCUAUCGACCUGAGUAGUAAGAAGUGGAACGUGCUUCCCAUGGAUUCCACCAUCUCUGCUAUCUCUGAAUCAAGACGUUCUGGGCCACGCAUCUGCAUGCUCGACUCCCUGUUUAUCGUUAUACGUUGCUACGUCCCCAGUUACUACAAGUAUGUCAAUGCCAGAACUUACGAGCUCUCGGGCACGAGGAAAGUUGUCGUCGGUGGCAGUGACCGUUCCUCGCAUUACUUCUCCACGUUCCAAUGA